CUGGAUUCAGUGCUGCAAAUCGAACUGUUGCCAGAGCACUGAAUUCGCGACUCCUAUAUACACAAAGAAAACAUGAAAUUUCCUGUCGCCGACUGCUGAUGUACACAAAUCCACCCAGGGACUGAAAGCGCAAUCACCAAGUACAUCACACACAACCGCGGGGGGUCGCGCGCACCUACGUGUCGUCCACAAAUAUCAAAAAUGCAUGCUGCAUCUAUGUCGACGGUGGAGGUGCUGCUGCACGAGUUCUAUCAGCCAGCGACGAGCAAUGCACGCAAACGUGAAAUUGAGACGAAUCUGUUGGCCUUCAAGUCGCAGCCGGAGGCAUGGCAGCUGUGCCUGCGCGUGGCCACGGCGGGCAACAGCUUUACGGAUAACCAGUUCCUCUGGUUCUUCAGCACCUCCACGCUGGAGCAUACGAUAACGCGUCGCUGGGCCCAGCUAACGCCCUCGGAUCGAGCCCAGCUGCGCGAAACUCUGUGGAACACCUACGCCCAGCUGGGCAUGCUGAAUGGUGCCCGACGGCAUCGGGAUACGUUGGCGCAGCUGAUAGCGCUGAUGGGGAAACGCGAGUUCCCCGAACAAGACCCGAACUACAUGCAGCAUUGCAUGGAGCUGACAAAGACCCGCUUUCCCCUUGGCAUCAAUCUGUUGCGCGUCACGUCCGAGGAGGUGGUGAGUAAUCGCGGCGACCUGACCACCGAAUGGAAACAGUACUUCUACUCCUGCAUUUCCAUGUGUAUACCCGAUGUAAUGGACUUAGUCACCAAAUAUUUACUAAUCGCCGUCUGCCACAUCAACGGCAAAGACAUCCAAUCGACCAUACCAAACACCCUCAUGGACUUUAGUCUAACCUCAGCGCUGCCAAAUGACAAUCAACUAAGUUCCUCUAUUUUGGAGCUGCUCGGCUGUGUGCAACAUUUGGUCUCCUGGAUACGCACUGAACUGAUCUCGGAGUACUUCCUAAUGAGCAUACUCGAUCUAUCACAAUGGCGGCCCGCCAACGAGCCCAUCUCCCUGGCCGCCCUCUCAGUGCUGAACGAGCUGCUCUACCUGCAGAAGCCGCUGCCCUAUGCGGGCACCCUGAUGGGCGGCGUCAGCAGUCUGCUGGAGCAGCACAACGUCAACAAGCAGCAGAGCGAGAUGUACAGCGACAAGUUUCGUGAGCUGUUGCGUCUCUAUACCACAAAAUAUGCGGGAAAGCUGAUGCAGGAGCCGGAGGUGCUCGAGACAUUUCUCAAUCAGCUCUACGGCUGCACCACAGAAUUGCAUGGCGCUCUUGACUUUACAGAGAAACUGGAUAUCUGGUCGCCGAUUAUCAAGGGUAUUGCCCAGCAGCCGGCAAAAAUAACGCGCUUUAAUCAUGUGUUCACGCAGCUGGUCGAUGAGAUCAUGCGACGCACACAGUUCGAGGCGAACAAGCCCGAACUGGAGGUGCUGGAUAACGAGCUUAUGGAGGAUGAUACGCCCACCACCGAGUGGCAGCAGUUCCUUGACCAAUGCUUCGAGUGCCUCGCCCUCUUGGCCAGCACUCGGGGCGCUCACAUUGUCUUCGCACAAGUCUUUGCCCACUGGUCACGUCCUCAGAUGUAUCUGAUGUCGCUGGAGCAUGCCCUUGACCAUGGCAGCAGCCGCUCCUAUGAGGCAGCCCGUAAGCUCAAGCAUGCCAAUGUGGGCGAGAUACUGCGCGAUUUUGCCACCGUCUGCCAGGCGGUGGUGCGCUUGGCCCCGCUGAUGGACACCUCGACGGCCGCACCCGGUGUGGCCGACGAGAUGGAGGCCCAGCUGCAAAUGCUCUCCGACAGCCUGCUGCAGACGCUGCAGCUCUUGGCCAGCAAUCGCAUCGGGGGAACGGACAUGGACAAGGCCACCUUUCAGACUGAUUUGGAUAACCUCUACGCUCAAGUUCUGCUGGCCAUACGCAGCAUCUUCCCGCUGUCGAAGGCGAUGAGCAGCGAUGAGCUGCUGCAUCGCCUCUUCGCCAUAUUGGGCAGCAUCUUUGCCUACAAUAACUCGCUGUCGGCCGCCUCGCCCAUUGUGCAGCAGGCGGCCAGCGAGCUGCUGCUCUUCAUCUCAACUGUGAUACGGCCCAAGUGCCUGCUGGAUAUUCCACAGAUCCAGAGCCUGCUGCAGGCCGGCCCACGCCUGGGCACGCAACUGCCCCGCCAGGUCUGCAUCAAUGUGCACAUCAGUCUAGUGAGCUACAUGGUGCUGCCCUGGAAGUGUGUGCCCGAGCAGCAGCAGGACUACCAGCGGCGCCAGUGGAUGCUGCGCGAGUACAUCCAGGGCCUGGCCCAGAAUUUUCUCGAGCUCGAUUUGAGUCUGGCUGGCGAGAGCAAGGUGACGGCCACCACGCUCACCCUGCUUGGCACAUUCACAUCCCUGAUCGAGUACUUCAAGGCCACUGGCGGCAAUGCCAAGGACAUGCUGGCCAGCACCUUCAAGCCCAUCCUGAACAAGGCCCUGACGAUCUUCAACAGCUAUGGCCUGAGCAGCAUUGCCAUGGCCAUUACGGUGGCCGAGUUCAGUCUGAGCAUGCUGCGAUCGUUGCCCACGCAUCUGGGCGCCCAGUUCAUCAAGGAGAUGAUCACGCUGUUCAUCAGCGUCAGCAGCAGGGAACAACUGACGCUGAGCCGCCUGGCUGUGAUGGAAAAGAUACUGCAAAUGUUUAAGCUGAUUGUGGAACAGCCGGGCAGCGCCUCGUUGGGGCUGCUGCCCUCGAUUCUGGACUUUAGCACACAGCAGAUACUGCCGUUGCUGCAGCAACAAAAUGCUGCCACCGAUAGCAGUGAGAUUACCAGCCUGCUUUACGCCCUGUUCGACAGUGUGCUGACCUGCAAGUGGCAGUUCUUCUACAAGAACCAGCUGUCCAACGGGCAUAGCGCUAGCGUUGGUGGCGGCUCGAACAAUUUCAACUGCAGCGACAACCUGCAUCCGGCACACUUCAUGGCCAUACUGAAUGCCUACGGCCAGAUGCUGGUCAGCGGCACAGAUCCCAGCAAUGUGCGCAGCGUGCUCUUCUCCAUGCAGAAUGUGAACGAGCGCAGUCGUCUGUACCAGCGGGCCCUGUUCAAGGAGCAGCUGCUGGCCUCGUUUCAGCGGGCCCUGCUCAAUCUGUUGCUGAGUGGCGAGGGUAGCCUGCACUUCGAUAUGAUUGCCCAGGCGCUGUAUGCCAUGGGCCAGGUGGAUCGCAGGCAGUUGCUCGAAAGUUUUGCCCAUGCCUCGCUGCCGGUGGCACAGACGGUGCUCGAGGAGAUCUGCCAGACAAGUGACAUUCCAACGUUUACGCAGAGACUCACGCAAUUGAUGCAAGAUGCCCACUGUGUGCAUCUCAGUGAGACAACGUAGGCGCCUACCCCAGUCCUAUACUAUGCUUAAUCCCAAUCCCAACUAAUCACCCGCUCGGUUUGACUUUUGACUUGUGUAAUAUGCUUACAUGUUGACCUCCUAGUCCCCUUUACUUCUCUUGCGUAUCAAUUAAUCAGUUUUAUUCUAUGCUUUAUGUUUUUGCUUCGUGUAUGCCAUACUCUCCAAUUGUCGUGCCUC